UCUUGAACUCCCAGCCUUAAGCAAUCCUCCCACCUUGGCCUCCCAAAGUGCUGGAAUUACAGGCAUGAGCCAGCACGCCUGGCCAUUACUGUUUGCUUCUACCACUAGAAUCUGAAACACUUGAAGGCACUGACUAUUUUUUUUCUUUUUUUUUUUUUUUUAAUCUCCUAAACCUAGAACAGGGCUCCACACAAACGUGUUAUUUACCAAUAAAUGAAAGAAAGCAGCAGCAGGACUACUUGACCAACGGGAUUGGAUUGACUCCACCAGAUUUGGAGAUCACUCUAGGAUUUUAAGACUAGGACUCUCAGUUGAAUUUAAUCCUUUAAAAAUAUACAAUCUUAACAUAAGGCUACCAUGCUGCAGAGACACUGAGGAUGCUGCAAAGCUUACUAAUACAUUCUGUGCCUAAGAAAUUUGGUGGUACCAUUAACAAACACAGAGAAGUUGGGUAAAGAGUCAGUUGUGAGGGUAUAGACGAAUUCCAUUUUAAAUAUGUUGAAUUUGCCAAUAGUGGGAUAUGUACAUGGAAACAUCCACCAAGAAGUCAUACAAAUAGAAUUAGAACAAAGAAGAUUUAGGCUGGACAUGAGGUUGGGAAUUGUGGCAUAAAGCUGAGAACUAAAAUCUUAUAGCAUCAGGAACAAAGAAAACUAGGUAAGGAGAAAACAUUCUGAAAUGGAUCCCAAAUAUUUCAUCUUAAUGUUGUUUUGUGGACACCUGAACAAUACAUUUUUUUCAAAGACAGAGACAAUUACAACAGAGAAGCAGCCACAGCCUACCUUAUUCAGAUCAUCAACGUCAUAUGUCUUAGCUAAUUCUCAAAACACAACAGAGAAUCCUUUGGGUCAAUCAACACAAUUCAAUGACACAUCUUCUGGACAGUCAAUAUCAUCUGCCAAAGCCACUGCUGGACAACCAACACCAGCUGUCUAUACUUCUGGAAAAUCAGCAGCACAUACUUCCGCUGGACAACCACUUGCCUAUAAUACCAAACAACCAAUACCAACAGCCAGCAACUCCUCUCAGCAACCUGUAUUCACCUCUGCCAGACAACUACCACCAUCCACCCAUAUUUCUACCACACAACCACCGCCAUUUGUCUAUACUUUCACUCAACAAUCAUCAUCUGUCCAGAACCCUUCUGGAAAACGAAUACCACCAACUGUUCAUGAUCCAUCCACACAACCAACAUCAACUGUCAAAAAUUCAUCUAGGAGUACACCAGGAUUUAUCUUAGAUGCUACCAGUAACAAAAAAACCCCACAAAAAAACAAUAAUAAUUCAACAGCUGCCAUACUAGUUGGUGUACUUCUGACUUCUAUGUUGGUAGCUAUAAUCAUUAUUGUACUUUGGAAAUGCUUAAGGAAGCCAGUUUUAAAUGAUCAAAAUUGGGCAGGUAGAUCUCCAUUUGCUGAUGGAGAAACUCCUGACAUUUGUAUGGAUAACAUUACAGAAAAUGAAAUACCCACAAAACGUACCUCAGUCAUUUCACUUACACCCUGGAAGCCAAGCAAAAGCACACUUUUAGCAGAUGAUUUAGAAAUUAAGUUGUUUGAAUCAAGUGAAAACAUUGAAGACUCCAACAACCCCAAAACAGAGAAAAUAAAAGAUGAAGUGAAUGGUACAUCAGAAGACAGUGCUGAUGGAUCAACAAUUGGAACUGCUGUUUCUUCAGAUGAUGAUGCAGAUCUGCCUCCACCACCUCCCCUUCUGGAUUUGGAAGGACAGGAAAGUAGCCAGUCUGUCAAACCCACAAUGAUAAUUGUAUCUCCUCUUCCAAAUGAUUCUCCUAGUCUUCCUCCAUCUCUGGACUGUCUCAAUCAAGACUGUGCAGAUCAUAAAUCUGAAACAAUACAAUCAUUUCCACCCCCCACUGACUCACUUAACUUGCCCCUGCCACCAGUAGAUUUUAUGAAAAACCAAGAAGAUUCCAACCUUGAGAUCCAGUGUCAGGAGUUCUCUAUUCCUCCCAACUCUGAUCAAGAUCUUAAUGAAUCCCUGCCACCUCCACCUGCAGAAUUGUUAUAAAUAUGACAACUUGCUUUUUAGCUGAUCUUCUAUCCUUAAAUGACUCUCUUUUGAUUUUUUUUAUAUGUUAAAAUAUAUAAAAUGGCAACUGG